ACCCAGGAGUUCAGCCUCACUGCCACCAGCAUGCGGCUUACCAUCAACAACUCUUUAUCUCUCCGGGUAUUAUCUACUGAGUAUUAAGUACGCAAACACUAUUUUACCAGCAGCAUCUGGAUCGGACGCGCCUUCACAACCUGCGCCGCUCCGAAAUCGAUGUUCACCCUUUGGUCCUCAGUUCCCCUCUGCCUGAGCAACGACUCGUGCGCAUAAUGCCGCCAUCAUGAAGUUCAAGCUAAAGCUGAAGCGCCCGAGCCUUUCUGCUGUUCUCUAUCGAUCAUUUUAUCUCAUCCUCGGCAUCGUCCUCCUCGCCCUAAUAAUUACGACCCCAGCAGACUUGAUUGCACAGGCAAGGACUAGCAAGAAUGGACCAACUCCGAACAAAAUCGCCAACUACUUGGUGGUCCCGGGUGCCUAUGGCCUCACUGCCGCCAUCGCGGUGAUAAUAUUUGGUGUGAGGGUUUACACAAAUAGUCAGAUUAUGAAAGCAAUACCGAAAAACUGGAUACCCAUCGAGAAGGAUGAUGUCAAGAAGAAGGUUAGGAAGAUGAUUGUUGCAAGUCUCAGCCGAAGUGCUGUUAUUGCAUGGGACUCUCGACCGCGUGUGCCUGAGCAACCAGCAAUCGUGGUAUCAGAGCCUGAAAACCGAACCGAUAUCGCGGAACCAAUAGAUCAGUCCGCUGAUAGGCGGAAUAAGAAGGGGAAGCUUGGAUUGUUUCGAAGAGCCCGCUCCCAGUUAGAACCGGAGGAACACACGGUCACCAUUCCACCUCCAAGUCCUGUCUGGGGAGAUAUUGCACACAAUGGAUGGUCAUCGCCCACGUCGCCAGAUUUGCCGGAUCUUCAAUAUACUACAGUAGUUUUUGAGUUGCCGCACCUUAUCGAAGCCAAAGCCGUCUCGUUGGCACCUGCAGACCCAGAUUCCACGUUAGAACCUCGGUUGCCCGAUAUCAGAGCAGUAGACUUACUUCAACGGCCGGCAGCAAUGGGCCUGAGGGAAUAUAUCAGUCAACUACUUAGUCUAGGCGUCAUUGGGUCACCCCUCACAGCCACCAACUUUCUUACCGAGUAUGAAUAUGCACGCUUUUCUGGGCGAACUCUCAGCGAAACCCAAUUUCGCGAGCUUAUGAGGCACUUUGCAGAGUUACUUCGAAGCAUGAAUGCUCUCAGUCCCGCAAUUCUCACCAGCUUGGAUAUCGACAAUCAAGAGAGUGACAUUGAUGAUGACGGAUCAUCUUCAUCGACACCAGUGACUCCACGCAGUCGAUCUCUCGAAUCCUCCCGCAGCGUCAGCAUUCGCAGUGGGAGUGAGGGUACAGUCCGUACAGGUCCAACUCGAAGCAUCGGCACGGCCAACGGAACUCCUUCCAAAAGGCAAGAAUUCAGCACCGCUCCCGCGACACCAAGAAGCAAGAAGCAGGUGGUUUCGCGAUCGCCAAGCAUCAACAGCUUUGCGCAGAGCAGACGGCCUUACUUGGGUAGUACGGGGAGUUCGAGUUCGAGUCUUCGCUCUACCAGUCAGGGGAGCGUGAUACGAUUGAGCAAUAUGCAUGAGGAUGGAUACACUUUGACUGUACCCAGAGCGCGGUGAUGUUUUUGGAUGCGAGAGUCUUGGAUUGCAUUUAGCGUUGGAGUUCCGGAUAUGGGUAGUGUCGGUUUCCGUGGGUGUAUAACGUGUAGCUUUAAUGUUCAAUGAUAAUGUACAGUUUGCAAUAAGGCCCCCGUCCGAAGUUGGAAUCUCG